UCGCGUCGUCUUCCACUCUUCCACAAACACACUCACCUUCAUCCCAUCGUCGACUAGCCUCCGACCUCCGCCUCUUCUAGUCACACAGCAAGGAACCUCCAUCUCCUCCCAGGUAACUUUCAAAAAUGGCAAACAAAAGAAUGCGAAAGCUAAUACAAAAUAGCCAAAGACGAUCUACAAGAGAAGAUUCAAGUAACAGAGGAGUUGAUCAUGAAAAUGAAUCACAAGACACAACAUCUCAUUCACCAUUAGAGCUACAAAAUGAGGAGGUUAAUGAGCAAGAUGAAAAUGAGAUCAUGCCUUCAUCCCAAGCUCAGAAAAGAAAACGUGGAAAGACUAUUAUGAGAGAUAUUCAUGCAUUACAUCCCGAUCAUAUGCUGGUAGUGAAAUUCAAUGAAAGGGGACAGCCUUACGGUGAUCUACAACCGACUCUUGCAAAUUAUAUUGGGACUAUUGCACGGAAUGGAGUUGUGUUGCCGCUGAGCUUUUUAGAUUGGAGAAAAAUGCCGACAAAUUGCUUGAAUGAUGCAUGGAAACUUGUUACUGCACGUUUCUGCAUCUCCAAUUGCCAUAGAAGAGUUAUAAUGCAAAUGAUGGGGGCUGCGUGGAGACGGUGGAGGACUGAAGUGAAAGCUACAUCUUAUGAUUCAAAUACUCCACUAGAAGAGCUUGUUGCUAUACAACCCAUUCCUCAUGGGUUGACACUUCAAACAUGGGAGAUUUUAUGUAACUAUUGGAAGUCUACCGAGAAAACUUCAAAGAUCAAUAGAGAAAAUGCGAACAAAAAGAAAGGGACUCAUGCACAAGGACACACUAAUAUUCCAUCAUUGGAAUAUAAAUUUUCUCAAGAAAAUGGAAGAAAACCGAGUCGUAUUGAAAUACAACAAUUGAGUCGAAGAAGUAGAAAGAAAGGAGGCGCCCCUAUUGAUGACGAGGCAAUACGAAUUGAGAAUUUACUUAAAGAGACUGUGGAUCGUCACCUUCAAGAUAAACCUGAAGGAACACAACCAAUAGAAGUCCAUGAGGAGACAUUUCGUGAGGUUUUUGGACCCGAGCAUUCUGGUCGGGUACGAUGUUUAGGAGCUGGUGCGCUGCCUAGUCAAGUGUUCCCAGAGCUAUGUAAACGUAGCUCAAUGUAUUGGCAAGACUAUCACUCUAAUUCAGAUAUGACGGACAAAUUUAAGGAAAUGGGAGAGAAAAUUAAAGAUAUGGAGUUGCGAGAAGCACAACGACAAAUGGAAAUAGAGCAGAUGAAAAGACAAAUGAAAGAAAAUGAUCAAUUCCAAAAUUUUGCACGGGUAAUGCUCAGUAUGAUGUCGGGUAGUGCUGGAGGUUCUCAUGGACCUGAAUCAUUACCGACACAGAUGGCAGCUAUGCUUACAAAUAUUAUGCAAUAACAAGUUUCAUCAACUGCGGAAGGAAAUAGAUGUAGAUCCUCCCCAUCACCAGAAUCAGAUAAUAACUAGACAGAAUUUGACCCAACGAUCAUUAUCUUUUUUGAACAAGCCUGGAAUGUCUAUAUUGCUCCUUGAGAUAUUAAACUACAGACUACUUCCUCUAUACAGGUUGCUAUUGAAGGUUGGAGCAAAUGCCUUUUGUCGCUUGAAGCAAAUGGCUUUUGAUGCUUUAUUGGCGGAGAAAACUUGUUAUUGAAGUUUCUAUAUAUUUUGGGAAUUAAAGAAAGGAUUGUA